AUGGGAGGCGGGUUCGAUAAGCAUCUCCUAUUGGGGCUACUACUAGGUACAAAAGUCACCGACUACAAGUAUCUCGAAAAUAUCAUUCAAAAUCGGCAAUUGAAUCAAUUUCACGGAUAUCUUAUACCCAACCAUAUAUACAAGCUAGAUUUGUUAGAACUAUCUGUCUCGGGAACUUACAACUAUAAAGAUACAUUGGCAUAUAAGAAUUUGAACUUGGUUGAAAUGAUCCAAAUUCCAACAAUGGUAAUACCAGAAAAAAUCGAUCAUAGCCAUAUCUUUGAAGCAAUAUGGAGUUUGGUAACGCAUUUGAAAAAAGAUAAAACUCGCAAAGUAGAUAAUCUAAUAAUACCCGGUUUGGGCACAGGAUAUGGGAAAUUGAACGAAUACGAUUCAACAAAAAUUAUGAUAUUGGCCAUCUUUCUAUAUAAUUUGAACCUAUCAAAUUUGAGAUUAAACCAGUUGAAAAAAUCUAUAAUGAUUUUAUUUUUUUUCAACAAGGACUACAAGAUGUUUAGAAAUCAAUCCGAUUUGAGUGAAUUGGAAAGAGACGUUAUUAGUGAAUACGGUAGGAAUAUCGAGAUGAAGUCUGGCACAAUCAUGGAAUUAGAAGAAUUGUUUAAAUGUGUUCAACUUUGA